AUGGGACCUCAAGAGGUCAUUUAGUCCACCUUUCUCCUCCCCCAACCCACCCCUGCUCAUCAAUAGUAUGCAAAGCGGAUAGAAUCAAAAAGUCCCAGAAGGCCUGAUCCAUUGACAUUAAUGGAGAAACUCCAAGUGCCUUGCAUGGGCUUUGGAUGAGGCCAAUCAAGAAUGCUUGGGAGACCCACGGAUCCAAGUCUGGAAACAGAAUCUCCAGCACAAAUUGGCUGAGAUUGGUGAAACACCAUUAGAGAGAUGAACUUGAUGACAAAGGGUUUCAGUGAGCUCCAGGAACUAAGCAGCCGAAGGCAACAGACACCUGUAUGGAAACUUCCCAGCGGUAGAUCCACGCUGAGUAAAUCGGCUCAAGCAGUCAGACGCUACUAUGAGAACCAAGCUGAUAUCAAACCUGCUGGCGUCUCUGCGUCAGAGUAUGAGCCCCAGGUGGAGGAAUUACAGAGAUCUUUUCUAAUGCGCCCUGGAUGUCCUAGAUUUAGUAACAGAGCAACUUCAACAUCCUAUCUUGAAAGUACUUUAUCACACAGCCCUGAUUUGUCCUUUAAUCUGAGUACCAUCAGUCUGUCCUCCCAACUCAACUUUGAAGAGUGGAAUGCUGCCUUUCAGAACACAUAUCCAUUAGAAUCGGCCACCAAAGCAGCUGGCCAGCUCCUACUCAGUAAAAGUUUCAGUGGUCUCUCUAAAUGGAAGAGUUUCACAGAAGGAAUCGUUCCUGCUGAACAACAAAGAGGACCUAUAGAGAGUAAAAUCCCAUGGUACAUUGAUGUAAUCCGUGAGAAGGAACGAUGCUUGUUGAUGAUGGGAGAAAAGAUUAAUCGUCUUUCAAGAUGUGAAGCGGAAUGUGCAAGGAAGGAUGAUGUAAUCUCUAUCCUUAGGGAGGAGAUAGAGAAUCUGAAGAAGCAUCUGGAGCUGCUCAGGAGGGAAAGUGUCAUCACAGAGGAGAAAGAUGCAGCCUCCGAACCUGUAGCUGACGACAGCAAGACAAAGAUGCCUGGGCUAAGCAGCUCAGUGCAGGAGGGCUUAGGACAAAGUGGCACUAAAGAAGAUUUGAGAGAGGAGGUGGCAUGCUUAAAAUUAAAACUAAGCUACUCUGAUAAAAUUCUGGACUCUAAGAUUGCUAGCCUGUCUGAGUCCCUGAUGAAAGACCAGGAGGAACUAUGGCAACUGGAAAAGGAGUAUUCAGAAAUGCAGCAAAAGGGCUUGAGACAAGAGGACAUGGAAAAAGAGCUUCUCAGUGGUACAGAAAUUGAAGUGGCUUCUGAAGAGGAGGAGGAGAAUGAGGCAGAGGCGGAAGAGAAAGCAUCCCUGAUCAAGCUCAGAGAAUUCCAGCAAAUGAACCAAGAACUCUGUAAAGAACUGGAGAAAGCAAAGACGGACUAUGACAUGGCCACAGGUGCCAUCACUUCCUUGCAAAGGCAGCUGGCUUUCCAGGAGUCACAGCUACGGAGAGCAGAGUCUGAAAAGGAAAUGCUACAAAAGGAGCUUCGAGAGCGGGGAAGUCAACUGCAAGCCAUGUCUGCCAAGUUUUCCAGCCUUCGAGAAGAACGGAAGCGUGAAGAAAUGAUGGGAAUAAUAGAGAGAGAGAAUUACAAACUCCGACAGGACAUUGUGGAACAAGAAUCCAGACUGGCCGAGAAAAACAAACUGAUUGAUGAUUUGCAGAGCAAGAUCAACCAGCUCCAGGCAGAGGUUAUGGUAGCCCAGCACCACAUGCAGAAGCAGCUGUGUGACCAAAGUGAGACGCAGAGCCAAGUCGAGGCCUUGAAGCACGCUGAGCAGCAGGCCAAAGUUGCACUGGAGUGCAUCAGUGCCAGGUUUGAAAGAUUUCGAAGCAAAAUAAUUCAGGCCACAUACAGCGCUGCAGGCGCCAAAUCCCCCCAAGCUGAAAUUAGCGAUGAGGAGGCACUGGAGGCUAUGCAGAGAAUAAUUAGCGAGCGGCUGGAUUAUCAUCAGAUGCUGAAACAGAAGGGUGUGAAGGUCCCGUCUCUCUUCAGUAGUGAGCCAGCAAAUUUGUCCUCUCCUAAUUCUAAGACCACCAAAAAGAGUCCUGUGAAAUAGGGUAUGCCGAGAGCUGAUUCCUACAGCUGAGUCACAAAGUCAGGAAGGCGCUUUUUCCUGAGGCUCUUUCCUGGUUGUAUUUUGGUUUGUUCUGAUGUUUUGUUUUUUUAUUGACAAAGUAAAUAAUUAAAUUUGACUUCAACUGCG